UUUUAACCGCUGUUUGUUAUGGGCAUGUGUCAUGGUUUGACUCAUAAUUUCCUUAUGUGGUUCCUUGAGGAUCUUGGUGGAUCCAAAACACUUAUGGGUAUAUCAAUAUGUUCACGCAACAUGGCAGAUCUGAUAAUGUUCUUUGUUGUUAGUGAACUGAUACAAACAUUUGGACAGAUUAAAAUAGUAUUUAUAUCAUUAAUAUCCUAUGGUUCAAUAUUUAUUGCAUACUCAACAAUAAUCAAUCCUUGGUUUGCCAUACCUAUAGAAUUUCUUGCAGGUUUUACAUUUGCAGCUUCAUGGACAGCAUGCACGUCAUACUUGGCUGAAGCAGUACCACAAGACUCCGUCACAACAAUACAAGGUAUCCUUCAGGGUAUGUACUGGGGUUUGGGAUUGGGAACUGGUUCAAUAAUUGGUGGUCACAUGAUCCAUACUGUUGGACCUCAUUGGACAUUUCGUGCUGCUGCUUCUGGUUCGUUUAUCAUCGCAUUGUUAUUUGGUAUAACACAAUGGCGAUGGCAACGCGAGAGCAUGGACGACUCAUUGGAAAUUUACAGUUACUUUUCGUUAAUUGAGCCACAAAAUAACGAAACAAUGAUACACGAUAACGAGGAUGAUAAAAUAUUGAAAAAUAUGAAAACCAAAAGCAAUAACAAAACAGACAAAAAAGGUAAAAAUAAGAAUAAAAAACACGAAAAACGGUUUAAACAGCACGACAACUCAUAAUUUUUUGAAUACUUUUUAGCAACAUAAUUUUUUAACUCAUAUAAUAGCAUAGUGGUAAUAUUUUGUUAUAUUACAAUUGUAUUCAACACUUUGCAUACGAAUAAAUACCAUGUUUUAACAACAAUUGUAAACAGGUAUUUUUAACGCCAAUACAGGAUUUUGUUUGAACAUCAAUCAAGUAAAAGCAUAGAUUGCUAAUCAAUUUAAAAUAUUUUUGCAAAAAAAAUACAAUUAAAUACAUUUCGAUUCAAAAA